CCUCAGCAGCACAACAACAGCCUAAACCAACACGACACUUUUUAUUAAUUCUCUCCCCUCCUACUCGCUUUUUUCUGUUAGUAUAAAUUAAUUGGUAGUACAGUCAUAGAAUAGAAUAACAGGUUCGAAAUCUCUCUUAUUGUUUUUCACUACAUUAUAAACAAAACAAAAAAAAAAAAACGAGAACACAAAUACGCUUCACAACCUUUCUCUCUCUUUCUGCGGCUCUGCCUUUGCCGCUGCUAACGUUGUUUGCUGACAACACUACACAAAUUUCAGAAACACUAAAAAAAGAAGAGCCACCACACCACCCUCUCACAUAAUUCUUGAUUCUCUCUUUCUUUUCAACAGUUUUUUCAUUCCAGUUUAGCUCAUAGACGCAGCUAGCUAAAUGGGUAGUAGUAUUAUUUGGAGCAACCUAGUUCUGCUCCUUGUUAUUCUUUUCCCUUUUUGUACACCAGAUCCAAACGAUGAGAUGUGCUUAACCCAUCUAAGUCAAUCUUUACAAGACCCUUUAAAGAAUCUUCAAAACUGGACUAAAUCUUCCUUUUCAAAACCUUGUGAUGGGUUCACUUCAUAUCUACAAGGUGCAACUUGUAACAAUGGUCGCAUCUACAAACUAUCUCUUCCAAAUCUUUCCCUUAAAGGUACCAUUUCUCCUUAUCUUUCUAAUUGCACUAAUCUCCAAGCCCUUGACCUAUCAUCCAACUCAAUAUCAGGCCCAAUACCAAUAGAACUCCAGUUCCUUGUCAAUCUAGCUGUCCUUAAUCUCUCAGCUAAUCAACUUUCAGGCCCAAUACCUGAACAGCUAGCCAUUUGUGCUUACCUGAAUGUAAUUGAUCUUCAUGAUAAUCAGCUUAAUGGGCUUAUUCCUCAGCAACUAGGCCUUCUUGUUAGGCUAUCUGUUUUUGACGUAUCGAAUAAUAGAUUAUCGGGUCCAAUACCCGGUUCAUUGGGUAAUCGGAGCGGUAACUUGCCCCGAUUUAAUGCUAGUUCAUUUUAUGGGAAUAAGGAUCUUUAUGGGUACCCAUUGCCACCUAAAAAGAGUAAUGGGUUAUCCAUUUUGGCUAUUGUAGGGAUCGGAUUAGGAAGUGGGUUAAUGAGUUUAGUCUUAAGUUUUACUGCUGUGUGUAUUUGGUUAAGAGUUACUGAGGAAAAAUUGGAUACUGAAGAAGGAAAAAUCAGUCAAUUAAUGCCUGAUUAUUGAAAACAAAUCAUACUUUUGAGAUUACAGGUAUGUUAGUUUUUUUGAGGCUGGUUUGUUUUGCCCUUUUUUUUUUUUUUUUUUUUUUUUUGGGUUUAAAGGUUCUUUUCAUCCAUGAGAAGAUAUUUUACCUUUUCCUAGUUUUUUUAAGGUUAUUAUUUUUCUUUUUUGGUUAUUUUGUUUAGCUUCGUUUUAUCUAACAUUUGACACCAAUAUGUAAAGAAUUGAUGAAAUUUGGAAUUGAGUUUGUAGUACA